AUGCCCCUCACUGGCGGCCUGGCGCCCCAUCUGGGCGAUCCAGCAGCCACUCUUGACAGCUUGCAAACCAACGCCUUUGAAAACGACAAUGGCCACGGAGGCGCCUCAAGGGGCAUUGAACCGGAUCUGGGGCUGGUAGAGCACGCAGAUGGAGACAUUGAUACCCCUGUGCCUCCACACCCACUAGGCAUCAAACCCCUGGGCAACAAGUACCUGGACAGCGGCAUCGACGCCAAAACUGCAGCAGGUGUCUUUCAGGCAUUGCCCGACGAGCUGCUGAUGCACAUGCUUGAGGGCCUAGACAUGAGCUCGCUACGUGCGCUGGGCUCGACUUGCCGCUUCCUGUAUGCCUUUUGCACAUUUGACGAGCUGUGGAAAAGCCUCGCCUUGGAGAUCGAUGGAUGGACGCCACCCACUUGGCAUGGCACCUGGCGCUCGUCACUGUUGUCAGAACGGAGGCACGCCCGACAAGAGCAGGCUGACGCCAAGGACACAACACCGUCGUCUCCGCCACCCCCUGUCUCUGUUGAUUGCGGACGUGUUUUUUCCGAUGUGCUGCACCGCCCCUUUGUGUGCAGCUACACCAACCCGGCCCAGUUUGCCCGCGGCAUCCCGCGGGCGAACCAGAUCCGCCGCUUCCACGACCUUGCCUACGACGACUUUGCCGCCUCCUGGAGCGACACGCCGUUUGUGCUGGCGGCCGACCGCUGCGUGCAAUCGUGGCCGGUCCUGCGGAGCUGGUCGCUCGAUGGACUGCGGCGCGACUAUGCCGCAACGGCGUUCCGGGCCGAGUCGGUCGACUGGCCGUACGCGCUGUACGACCAGUACAUGCGGCGGACCACCGACGAGAGCCCGCUCUACCUCUUUGACAAGAAGUUUGCCGAAAAGAUGGACCUGACGGUCGACGCCAGAGCUGUCGGCGCCGCCAGCACCGCCACGGACAAGAGCGCGUCUGCCUACUGGAAGCCCGCCUGCUUUGGCCGCGACCUGUUCGAGGUCCUCGGCCCCCAGCGGCCCGCCCACCGCUGGCUCAUUGUGGGGCCCGCGCGCAGCGGCUCCACGUUCCACAAGGACCCCAACGGCACCAGCGCUUGGAACGCCGUCGUGCGCGGCGCCAAGUACUGGAUCCUCUUUCCGCCCGGCGCGGCGGUACCCGGCGUCUACGUGUCGGCCGACAAGAGCGAGGUCACGAGCCCGCUCAGCAUUGCCGAGUGGCUGCUGACGUUCCACGCCGAGGCCCGGGCGACGCCGGGCUGCAUCGAGGGUGUCUGCCGCGCGGGCGAGAUCCUGCACGUGCCGAGCGGCUGGUGGCACCUCGUGGUCAACCUCGAGGCAGGCAUUGCGCUGACGCAAAAUUUUGUGCCGCGGGCCCACCUGGCCCAAGUGCUGCUGUUUCUGCGGGACCGGCCCGAGCAGGUGACUGGAUUUGCCCGGGGCCAGGGCGGCCAGGGCGGCCACGGUGCAGCGGGGAGCGGUUGUGAGGAUGGCGUGGACGACCCCUACGGAUUGUUUGUGGAGCGGCUGGCAGAGCAGUGCCCGGACCUGCUCGCAGAAGCACAGGCUGAGAUGGCACGGCGAGACGCCCGGAAGAAGCGGACAUGGGAGUCGGUUGUGCGCGGCGACAACGAUACCAAGAAGCAAGCGGAUGGAGAUGCCGAUGACGAGAAGCGGCAAAAGACAGGAGAGAGCGGCAGCGGAGACGGUGGAUUUACGUUUGGAUUUGGCGGAGCCGACGACGACCUGGAGGAAGAGAUUCCCUGA